AUGCACGACUCGCAGUUUCCUCGAUCUUGCGAUCGCUGCUACGCCACCAAAGAGCGCUGCAUCCGAGCUCCCGACUCGGAGAGCUGCGAUCGAUGUAUCCGUCUCAGUCACGAAUGCAUCCGAAAGCGCGCUCUCAAACGCCCUGGUAGACGCCCUAAAAAGAAUGCACCCUCCAUUCCAUCAGCCCCGGUACGCGGUGAUGGCGCUUCGUCGCCGAGUCCCGUGUUGGAUGAUGCGUCAGCGAGCCACGAGACCUCAUUGUCGUCGUCGUCGAUGGUCGAUCACGUAGUAGCGGACCUUGGGCUGUCGACUGUGGAGGCGAGCCUGUUGCGGACAAGUAUCCUCAGCAGCGAGUUUAUGGAACAGUUCAUCAUCGGGCCGAGCUUUGGCGAAGCGCACCGUGAAUACAUGGCCAGGCAGUUGCACGACGCGCCUGCGACACUGGGGCAUGCCUACGUGGCGAGUGCCAUGUCGUGGGGCGACGACUCGGAUGUUGCUUCGCCAGAGCCAGGGUCGAGCACUGCUCGUGUGGAAUAUUUCGAAAAGAUGUACCACCAUGCCACAGAGGCAGUGGCUACGUUGCGUUCCAUGCAGCCGUCCAACGCACGCGAGAUGUGUCGUUGCCUUGUCCUCGGCGCCACCAUCCUCACGUUUACACUCAAGCUACGGGUCGCCGACGCCCGAGCAAUCUGCCGCCAGACGCUGGAAAUGGCCAAGCCAAUAUACAUGAGUAACGCUUUGCUGGACGGCACAUCUCCCGGGGAUCUUUCCUUUGCAUCAUGCCUCGUGCUGACGGACAUUGCCGAAAGCUUGCUGUUUUGCGAGCCUCCCACACUGCGCUACAGGACGGUUCCCGGGCAGCAGCAGUGCGUGGAUCGCUACGUGGGAGUAUCACACAGUUUCUUGCCUCUGCUUUAUGAUGUGGCAGAGCUGAGUUUCAGACUCAAGGUGGAAAGCGGCAAGGCCGGUGGUCACUCAGCCGCACUGGCGCGUUUUGCGCUGGUCCACAGCGCCCUGGAGCAAGACGUUCGCAAAUGGACGCCUGACGGCCAUGGUGGCUUUGCAGUCGGCAAGUUCACGUCUACAGAAGUUGCCCAUAUGCUUUGCCAAGCUGAGGCUGUUCGGAAUGCCGCUCGCCUCGUCCUACACCGCCUAAAGCACGGCUUCGGGUCGCAGGACGAAGUGGCCGAGGCCAUCUCAUCACAUAUUCUGACCUCGCUGAAGAUGACUACGUUGGGCACAGGAUCUAUUCCGCGAUGCAUCGAUUUCCCCUUGAUCGCAGCUUGUCUCGAGCUUGAGAGAAAAAGUGAAAGGGCCAACUAUUUUUCGUCCCUGUCUCCCAUCUCAAGCUACUCGAGCCCGUUUCACGACAGAACCAGGGUUAUGUUUGAUGCCGCCUGGGAGGCUCGGCGAAACGGCCAGUCUCUUUACUGGUAUGAUCUUUCUGCAUUUAUCCCCGAAUCUUUUACUUGCACUUGA